AGUGCGCUGCUCUUCCAACCACUUGCUACUGACUGCUAGCUGGACCAUUUUUACAUCAUGUCAAAUAUAAAACUCACAGCUUCAAGAAGCAGGCAAAAUCCAGCUUUGGUGGAAGUGGAUGAAAAAGAUUCAGAUCUUGAUAUUGGGAAAUCACUGUCCAGCCUCAGCCUGUCUGAUCAGCAUGGAAGGCACACGGAGGAGGAUGUGGAGACUCCAUUUGGAAAGGUGCACUGCACCAUGAAGGGGACUCCUAAGGCCAACAGGCCAGUUCUCCUCACCCUCCACGACAUCGGACUCAACCACAAUACCUGCUUCAACCCCCUCUUCAACCAUGAGGACAUGUUGGAGAUCACCAGGCACUUCGCUGUGCUGCACAUCGAUGCACCUGGCCAGCAUGAGGGAGCCAGCAACCUUCCCACGGGGUACACUUAUCCCUCCAUGGACCAGCUGUCUGAGGCUAUCCCCACUGUUCUCAAGCACUAUGGCAUCAAGAGCACCAUCGGGCUGUCCAUUGGCGCAGGUGCCUUCAUCAUGUGCCAUUUCGCUCUGAACCACCCUGACAUGGUGGAGGGCAUGAUCAUGAUCAACAUCAACGCACAGUCCGAAGGAUGGAUGGACUGGGCAGCACACAAGGUGAGCGCCGUGAGCGAAGUGGUCAUCACCCACCUGUUCAGCAAGGAGGAAAUCCAGACCAACCAUGACCUUAUUGCCACCUACCGCCACCACAUCCUCAACGGUGUCAACCAGAGCAACCUUCAGCAGUUUGUCAAGUCCUACAACAGCCGGAGAGCCUUGGACAUUGAGAGGCCCAUCCAGGGAGGAAACAUCAAUGUCAGAACUCUGAAGUGUCCUACCCUUCUGGUGGUUGGAGACAGCUCCCCUGCAGUGGAGGCUGUGGUGGACUGCAACUCCAAACUGAACCCAACCAAGACCACCCUGCUCAAGAUGGCAGACUGCGGAGGCCUGCCUCAGGUUGACCAGCCUGGGAAACUCGCUGAGGCCAUCAAGUACUUCAUCCAGGGCCAGGGCUACAUGGCGUCGGCCAGCAUGACCCGCCUGGUCCGCUCCCGCACCUCCUCCGGCACCAGCAUCGCCUCCAUGGACGGCAACCGCAGCCGCACCCUGAGCAACCGCAGCAACGCCGAGCAGCGCGGCCGCUCGCACACCGACGUCUCCAUGGAGAGCGCCCCCACCGCCGAGCCCAUCGUCCCCGAGCACACCAGGACGGAGGUGUCCUGCUAAAACC